AUGUUAGGUGCUUUCAUCCUUGUAUUAUUAGUCGUCAAUCUGUCCAGCACGUCAGCUGCAAGUACAUGUGCCAUCGGUCGACAAUUUUGUGGCAAUGUUUGCUACGUACCAGGAGUACAAAAGUGCAUCAAGCAGGUGAUUUGCAGUUAUCAUCAAGAAUUAUGCAACGGUAGAUGUUAUACACCUGGUGUUCAGCAAUGUUAUGGGAAAAUCAUCUGCGCAUAUGACCAGAAACCGUGUGGUAAAAUUUGCUAUAAAGUUGGUAUACAGAAGUGUCUCAAUGAUGUAAUUUGA